CAUUUUUUAACUUAUCCCAUUCUAAUCAAUUCUUGGGUCUCUUCUAAGUUCUAAGCAUUUCAGCUAUAUAGCGUUUACAAAGUUAGCAAAUAAACACCCACUCUGAUUCUCGGUAAAAUUUUGGAAAGUUGAAGUUGAGCUAGAGAAUUAUUAUUUAUAUUUACAGUUUGAGCUGCGAACAUCAAUGGGGCAUUUUCAAUUAUGAAUAUUAUUUCACUUCAAACAUCUACGAAGAAGAAACCUUAUUUUGCUGUACAAUGUCUUCGAACACUAUCACACUCCAGGCUUUUCUAUUCGCAAAAACAAACAACACCUUCUAAGAGAUUAGACAAGGCAUUGAGAGUGCUAGAUAUCAUAUCGCCUAAAACAAGAGUCAGUGCAAGCAGCCAAAACCAUCUUCGCCUCAUUCAGGAUCUUCUUCAAACAGAUUCGAACCAACUCGAUGUGGGAUUAUCAAAUGUAUUUGAUGAAAUGCUUAAAUAUGAUGUCGAGAAGUCGAAGUCGAUCACUUCACAUCGUGAUUUACAGGGGGAUGGGUUGAAAAUUGGUGCGGGUGUUCUGUCAAAUGGUGUGAGCUUAUGUGGGUCAGCACGUGACAUCCAUGGCGGUGCUCAGUACCACUGUUUAGCAAUAAAAAGUGGCUUUGUAGCCAAUGUUUAUGUGGGGAGCUCCUUGAUCAGUUUUUACGGUAAAUGCGGUGAGAUGGUUGAUGCAUAUAAACUGUUUCAGGAAAUGCCUGUGAGAAAUGUAGUUUCGUGGACAGCAAUUAUUGCGGCGUUUGCACAGGAGUGGCAUGUUGAAAUGUGUUUGGAGCUUUAUCGUAUGAUGAGAAAUUCAACGGCAAAGCCCAAUGAUUUCACUUUCACGAGUAUUUUGAGUGCUUGUACAGGCAGUGGAGCUCUUGGACAGGGACGAAGUGCUCAUUGUCAAAGUAUUCAAAUGGGUUUUGAAUCCUACAUUCAAGUUGCUAAUGCUCUUAUCUCCUUGUAUUGCAAGUGUGGGAAUGUUGAAGAUGCAUAUUAUGUGUUCAUCAACAUGCAUGGUAAAGAUAUUGUAUCGUGGAAUUCCAUGAUCACGGGGUAUGCUCAACAUGGACUCGUGGAAUGGGCGAUUGAUCUUUUCGAAGAUAUGAAGAAACAAACUGUUAAACCCGAUGCCAUUACUUUUCUUAGUGUUCUCUCUUCAUGCCGCCAUGCGGGUCUCGUUGAAAAGGGCAAAGGGUAUUUUGAUUCCAUGGUUGAGCAUGGCUUAGAGCCAGAACUAGACCAUUAUUCAUGUGUUGUUGAUCUUCUUGGCCGGGCUGGUUUGCUUGAAGAGGCAGGAAAUUUCAUCCAAAAGAUGCCAAUUUGUCCCAAUGCUGUCAUAUGGGGUUCACUACUUGCUUCAUGCAGGAUUCACGGUGGCGUCUGGGUUGGUAUACAGGCUGCAGAGAGCCGACUGCUGCUGGAACCGGAAUGCGCUGCUACCCAUGUGCAAUUGGCAAAUCUGUAUGCGAGUGUCAAGUGCUGGGAUCAGGCAGCAAGGGUGAGGAAAUUGAUGAAAGACAAAGGGCUGAAAACAAAUCCGGGGCACAGUUGGAUUGAGAUUAAGAACUGUGUGUACAGAUUUAGGGCAGAAGACAAAUCAAUUACUCGGCUGGCUGAAAUUCUUGCUGUGGUAGAUUGUUUGGUUGAUCACAUGAAAUCUUUGGGCAAUGAGCCUGAAAUGGAACAUGAAAUUGAGUAAAAGCUAAUGGAUUUGUACCACAAACAUUACUAUACAUCACAGCAAUUUUUUUUGUUAGAAAUGCUUGAAUAACGUCAAAUUAUUUAUGGUCAAUUUCACAUACUAAUUCCGUUGA